UUCUUACCUUAAUCCGAUAUUAGCAACGCGAUUCGAGUAUGCACCGGGAAAAUGUAUUCUCGCUCACUUAUAGUCAACCAAUCUAGCUCCCUACUCAAACUUUAUAGCCCACAAUAUAUAGCCUAGCUAGGGUUUUCCUUUCUUGAACAACACACAAGCUAUAGCUAGGCUAAUGCAAUGCAUACUGAGACAUGCCUACAGUAAGUUUAUGAUAAAGGAAACCUUUUUAUCUUAAGCCAUGAGUGAUCAGUAAAAAAACAAAAAACAAAACUCCUGUCGUGGGGAUUUCAAUCAAUUGAUCAAUCAUGGGACCGUAAAAAAUGUUGUGAAAGUUAGUUGGGUAAAAGGGAUCGAGUCAACUACUAUGCAAAUCAUCACAUAUUGUAACUUUUUCAUUAGUUUUUACGUUUCUCCAUGAAACCAAAACCAUGUUUUUUAAUUAUUUGUUCUUUUGCCUGCUGUCUCUGUCGCACACUCACGGUUCAUCGAUACACUACAACCCAAAAAACAAAUUGGUGCUGGCUGCUCAUCUCUUCACUUUCCCUUUGAAAAAAAUGGAGGAAAAAACUAAAGGUGAAGACAGUCUGUGUUGCCUGUUGUUUUUUUUAAGCUUUUGGGAUUUGAUUCAAGGAGGGCAAAAGUCCGAUUUUCCCACCAAAGAAAGGUUUUGUGUAGGAUUCUCAAACAAUAGCUUCAUGAUGAUCAUCAUUUCAAGUUUGAUUGAUCUUGCAAGCUUGUAUGUCUCUCGGAUAUAUGAUUUAAUUAAGUAACAUGGAUGUAUGCACAGAUGUAACUUAAUUUGGAUAGGUAUGCAUAUUACUCAACUACUAAAGCUAAAUGAUCUCGUGUGUUUUAAGCCUUAAUAGUUAACGACUUAAUUAGUGUUACUCAGACUUGAAUAAAUAGUGUAUGUAGAGUUUUCCAACAUCGUAUCACCCGAACUAUUCAACGACAAUCUAAAGUGAUUCAUAUGCAAAACUCCAUUACUCACAAAUCUGCCAAUUUGGAUGACUUCUCAAGUAUAUUUUUACUUGGUGAUGUUUAUUAGGAAGUGGUUAAGUAUUAUACAUGGGCCUCUCUCAAUAACUUGAGUUAUCGGGACCAACUGAUUCUUUACAUGGUAUCAGAACUGAUAUGUUAUUGAGAUCACGUAUUCAAGUCCUCAUGACCCCCAAUACUAACCGUUGUCUUUAAAAGACAUGGUAUGGUGAGAUUUCUCUCAGUUGAAACCUUUUCACUAAAACUUUGAUCACAAUACAAACAUUCAUAAAUUGCUUUAUUAAUUUGUAUUUUUUAUGACUCGCUCGUAGAUGAGUAUCAAUGUGGAGAUGUUCACUUCUUACAUAUCCAAUCACUUAAAGACCUAACGAGAAUAAAAUCACUUAGAUAAAUAGAUUCCAAUACCAACUAAAUUCUAUAUAAUUAAUAUAUUUUGAAAAUAUUUGUAGCAAACACUCCUAUCUUUUUGUAACAUGAAAUUAUAAUUUAAAGCUUGACCAAAUAACAACAAAAAAAUCAAAAAAAAAAAAUUUAAGACCGAGGAUCUUUUUGGGUUUCUUUGAUUAUUUUAUGCAACAAUAACAAAUAUUUCAAAAUAAAUGAUAGUACAAUCUCAAUUUUUAGAUGAGAUUUAUUUAUGUUGCAUUGAAAAGGAAGAGUACAAGUCACAACUUAAUUAAAAUAUACUUUAUUUAAAAUUAUUAAAAACAAAAUAACAUAUAUCAGUAUCAGGGCCGGCCAAGAGGGUAUGCCGGCCCGCCCUCCGGCACAGGGCCUCCGAAUAUUAGGGGCCUCCACUUAGAUUCGUUAGUUACCGAUCGAAUAUUGCAGGUUGUUUUUUUAGUGUAUGAUUGAUAGAUUAUGAACAUGAUGACGAAUUUAAUAGAUAGUUUUAGCUAUAAUAACAAUUGAAAAGGAUCUCAUGGAGAAUACGAAAAUUAGAGAGAUAAUAGAUAAUUUUAAUUUAAACAAUAAAGAAAGAUAUUAUAUUUUGAAUAAUGGUAUUAUAAUGAUUUUAGUUUUAUUAUAGUUAAAAGUCAAUUUGGAUCAUGUCUCCAUUUUAGAAUAGGGCCUACACGAUCCAUUAGAUAGACCCGCACCCACCCCUCGAUCAAUUUAUAUUAUUUUCAUUUCUCCAUUCAAUUUUUGCUCUAUAUCUAUUUUAUGUUCCCUCCAGAUUUACUUUUCUCCCUCCUUGCUGGGAGCGAGAAUUUGGUCUUGGUUUCUUGGUCAAACAGGGAGUGAGAUUGUUUAUUCAUUUUGAAAUAAUUUUCUGAACUUAUGUACUUUAUAAUUAUUUAAUAAAUUUUAUUUGUAUAAAUUUAUUGAGAAAAAAAUUAGGGGCCACAUGUUAAAUUUUCGAACAGGGCCUCCAAAUAUCAUGGGACGGCUCUGAUUCAGUAUCCAAAUAUUAUAGUUUACGGUACAUUAAAUUCAUUGAUAUAUAUAAUGUCAUACAUAUAUUGUUCACAAAUUAACAACAAAAAAAAAACUAAAUCAUCUCUAAUAUAACAACAACCUUCAUGAAAUAAACGAAACAAUUUUGAUAAUUUUUUUUAUUUAUUCCAGGGGUUUGAGGAAAUUAGGAUAACAAGAGAAAAGACAGAAAGUGCUACGUCAGUAUUUCAGCCGUAGGCUUCCCAGCCAUCAUCCAUCCUCACCGUCUUCUUUUAUUUUUUCUCCCAUUAAGCACUCAAAAUUUCAAUAUUACUCUUUUUUUCUCCCCUAUUAUUCUUUUUUUUCUUUCAUUCACUUGGGACAAAAACCCAUUAAGAAUCACAAAGAAGAGAAGAGAUAUCUCUCCACAUAUCCCACAUCUCCAUCUCUUCUCCUCCCUUUUCCUGUUACAGUUUCAUUGUUUGUGUGGCUGAGAGAGAGAGAGAGAUCCCUUAUUAUCAUUUCUUCCUCCCUUUUUUUUCUUUGCCUCUUCAUGGCUUGAGAGAGAGCAAGUUGGUCUAGCUAGCUACUUCAUUUCUGGGUUUCUUUUCUCAGUUCUAGAGCUUCCCUCUCUCACUCUCUCUUCUCUUUUAAAAAAAAGAAAGUGUUUUUUUUUUCUCUCUACCCUUUCUUGUUUGCGACACCGAACCAAAUUCAAAACCCAAAAGAGUUCCAAACCUUGUCUGUUCUUGGUGGAGUCCAAACAAAGUAGAAAAAACCAGUGAGAGCAAAACACAGAUCCAAAUGGAAGUUCAUAUGACAAAGAAUAGUCCAUAGAAGCUUUCCACCCCGCUUCCUCCCCAACUUGUUUUCAAGCUAAAACCAAACAAAAAGCUUGAGGAGAAAACAAGGGAAACCAAAACCAUCAUCAUCAUAUCAGCUUCCCACAUAUAUGUAUAUAUACUCACCCCUUUCUCCUCCUCCAGCCUUUAGAUCCUUCCCCUUUGCAUAACCAAAAGCAAAGUUCAAAACUUUAUCUCUCUAUCCCCUCUCUUUUCUCUUCCUGUACCAUGAUGAUGAUGAAAAGCUUCAUAUUCCAACAACAACAACAAGAUCAAGAGAACAUGUCCAACCUCACCACUUCAGCAUCCGGCGAAGCCAGUGUCUCCUCCUCCGGCGGCGGCAGCGGCGGCGGUAGAGUACUAAAUCAAAACAAUUACCACCCACCUCCAGAAAUCCCACCAUCCAAUCAACCGCCUCCCAAGAAGAAGAGGAACAUGCCAGGCAACCCAGACCCAGAUUCCGAAGUGAUAUCUCUGUCCCCAACGACAUUAAUGGCCACGAACCGAUUCCUGUGCGAGAUCUGCAACAAAGGGUUUCAGAGGGACCAGAAUUUGCAGCUCCACAGGCGAGGACACAACCUGCCUUGGAAGCUGAAGCAGAGGGCCAAGAACGAGGUGGUGAAGAAGAAAGUGUACGUGUGCCCCGAGCCGAGCUGCGUCCACCACGACCCGUCGAGGGCGCUGGGGGAUCUGACUGGGAUCAAGAAGCAUUUCAGCAGGAAGCACGGGGAGAAGAAGUGGAAGUGCGACAAGUGCUCGAAGAAGUACGCGGUCCAGUCGGAUUGGAAGGCCCAUUCCAAGACCUGUGGCACUAGGGAGUACCGGUGCGACUGUGGCACCCUCUUCUCAAGGAGGGACAGUUUCAUAACCCACAGAGCAUUCUGUGAUGCAUUAGCAGAAGAAAGUGCAAGAGCCAUCCCUACUAUUGCUGCUACAGCAGCAACAACAACAAUCCCACAAUUCAACCACCAAGGCUACAACAACAACAACAACAACAAUUUCCUCCAUUACCCAUUUUCCUCCUCUUCUUCUUCCCCCUCACUGAAAAAGGAGGAUAAUAACACUACUACCAUGGACAGUAAUGGUAAUUUCGGUCUGCUCAACAACAGCAGCAGCAGAGAGUUGCCACCAUGGCUAGCCAGCUGCCCGCCUGCAGGCCUACGAGCUGCUGCUGCUUCAUCAGUAAUGGGCCCGGGCCCGGGCCCACUCCUUCCUCAUCAUCUCUCGUCGUCGUCCUCUUCAUCAUCAUCAUCACCAUCCAUUUUGUCAGGAGCAAACCCUAGCCAGCUGGGCCCCACCUUACCAAACUUCCAUUCCACCACCACGCAGCACAUGUCAGCCACCGCGCUCCUCCAGAAGGCCGCUCAGAUGGGCGCCACCACCGCCUCCACCACCGCCGCCUCCAAAACCGCCGGCCUCAUGCUCGUCACCCCGACGGCCCACCCUGACCAUCAUCACGUGACUACCAACAGCAACAACAAUGCCGGUUUCGGUUUCGCGCCACGUGACAGCGUGGGGACCACCGCCGCAAUAGGUGGCGGUGGAGGAGGAGGUGGUGGUUUGUUUCAGGAGAUGAUGAACUACUCGUUCGAGGAGGAUGCGUUUGAUGGCGGAGGGAAGGGGUUGGCGGCGGCGGUGGAGGACGGCGGCGGCGGUGGGAUGACGAGGGAUUUCUUGGGGCUGAGGCCAUUGACGCACAGUGAUUUGCUCAGCCUAGCUGGUUUUGGAAACUGCAUCAACGAUGAUAGUAAUAAUAAUAAUAAUGCUGACCACCAACAUAGUCACGAGUCUCAGAAACAACCUUGGCAAGGUAAUUGAUUAUUUAUAUCAAUGGAGGAGGAAUAUAUUCGCCCCCUUUUUUUUUAAACUGUUUUGAUCCAUUUUGUCUUAGUUCUUCCUCUUCUCGAAAAUCUCUAUAUAUCAUACGAUUAAUUCGUUGUAAUCCUUUUUUUUUUGUCAAUCUGUUUCCUCCCAUUCCAUCUGUUUUUAUGUAUAUGAUGAUGAGAUGCCCUAAGGGUUUCUCUGAGGCCGUUAUUGGCAUCAUGAUUUAUCAUGAAGCUAUGUUGCCACGAUGAGCGCGUCAAAGAUUUCUAUUGUACGGUAGUAGUAUUUGUUGGGUGCAGCGGGUGAGAAUAGCGGGUAAAUAUAUUGCACUAAUAAAUCACACGCUUGUAAAAAGUUUACAAGUAAGUUGGACCUGGUGGCAGAGCCUCCAGAAUUACGGUAACCAACUUACUUAGAUCAAUUUCCUUCGGUAAUUUAAUAAUGCAAUAUACUACGACUAUUCUCAAAAUAGUAACAAGCAUAGAUAAUAAUAAAUGACACCGAGGAUUUACGUGGUAUACCCUGAUUUUGGGCCAAUCCACGGGAACAACAGCUCCGGAGUAUUUCUUUACUAUAACAAUGGUAAGUUACAUAGAUUUUCUCGAUACAAGAAAUAGAACACACAAUG